CGUUGUACUUGUCUGUCAACUAUAUCUCACCUUUAACCCAACCAUCCUUCCUUCCGUACAAUCCCCUUUCUUCUCUGAAACCUUUUGAAUUCUCCCUCCCUCCUAUUAUUCCUUCCUUCUUUGAAACCCACCAUUUUUUAUUUCAAGUAACUAAAACCCACUUUCGAAAUUCAGAUGUUUUGUAUUUAAUUGACAUUUUUCUCAUGUGGGAAUUAGAUUUAUUGGCGGGAAAUCUUGUUUUACCUUGGAGAAGAGUCAAAUUUUGAGUUGAGUAGUUCUUUAAAUUUGUUAUUUGAAUGGCAGCCAGUACAAAUCCAUCUGGAAAUCACAACCCAGAACAUUCCUCUUUCAAUGGAGGUGCUGUUGCAUCUACUAGUAAUGGAAAUUCGGGUCGGGGUCAUGACAAUUCGGGCACCGCUUCAGCCAUGAAGCAUAAUCCGGGUAUUGCUACUGAUUGGACAACCGAGGAACAAUUAAUUUUGGAGACUGGCCUCACAGAAUAUGCAUCAAUGUCGAGCGUGCUUCGCUAUGCUAAGAUUGCUUUGAAAUUGCCUAGUAAGACAGUCCGUGAUGUGGCUCUACGUGCUAAAUGGAUGAAUAAAAAGGAGAGUAACAAGAGAAGAAAGGAGGAUCAUGCAAAGAAGAGCAAAGAAAAAAGGGAAAAGGUCAUAGAAUCUUCAUCAAAGUCAUCUCAGUUGCAACCAUCAAGGCCUGGUGCUCAUCCUUAUCAUGUCCCAGAAGUUCAAUUAGAUGAUGAAGAUGGUAUCUCUUAUGAAGCAAUUGGUGGUGAGAUCGGGGAGCUACUUGAGCAAAAUAAACAGUACUUCCAACAAAUUUCUGCAAAUUUCUCAUCAUAUAAGUUAAAUGACAAUGUGAGCCUUUUAAUGCAAGUUCGUAACAAUCUUGGUAAAGUCAUAAACAAUUGCAAUGUGAGCGACACACCGGAAAUAAUGAAACAAAUGCCUCCAUUACCGGUGAAGUUGAACGAAGAGCACGCAAAUAUGAUACUCCCUCACCAAUGAACCGUCAUCCAUUGUGAUUCAAUUUGUUAGAUUCGCCUGUAGCAAAAUACAAACAUCAUCGUUAACUCCAAUGGGGAGGCCAGGAAGCAAGAUAGUCAGCAGGAUACAAGCAUCAUCUUCAUUGUCAAUGGGAAUGUAGGAAGCUGUUGUCAUUUAGAUGUGUGGUACUAGGUGUCAAUUCAAUCCGGAAGGACAUUGGCAUUGAUGCUUGAAAUAGGUUGGAGUACGUAUCGCGAAACAAGAAAAGGAUUAUACACUCUAAAUAGGGGGAAAUUUGUUGUCAUUUAGAGCAUAUAAUGAUUAUCGAAAAUUAUAAUUAAUUAAAUCAAAUAAAUUGAUUAAAUUAAUAAUUAAUUGGAAAUAUCCUAAGAUUGCGAAAAAUUUCUGUUUUGGUAUAAGUACAGGUCGCGGCUCGCAAAUUGGCCUGGUCGCGGCUCAUCACUUUUGCCGCGGCGCGCGACUUUCGUGCUGGUUUUUGCAAUGUUCAUUUUAUUCGAUUUUGUUAGUUAUGCAAUAACUACCUAAGGUUAAUAUGGUUAUAUUAUCCAAAUUAUUGGGAUGAAUUGAUUUAAUAUCGACAUUGAUUCAUGAAUCGAUGUUGCGGUUCAUGAAGUGACAUUACUUCAUGAAUGGUUGUAUGCUUUUUUUUAAACAUAGAAGGCAUGUGUAAGUUAUUUCUUCCAUG